AGCGAAACUCGAGGCGAGCGGUACGCAUGCGCGCAGUCGCACAUCCGUCAGAUACAAGAUACAAAACACAAGUCACAACAGCUCAAGUUCCGAUUCCGGACACAGUGCGACAAACCAAACAAACACGCGUUCGAACUGCAGAAUCGCGCAGAAAACAUCGAGACAGCGAAAUAAAUAAAGCGGAGGCAUAAAAAUUCCUCACAUCGUUCAACGCGCAGCGACGACGAUCGAAUGCGGACAAAAAAAUCCUAAACAAAAAAAAAAAAUAAAGCGAAUAAAAAGCGAAAUAAAAGCAAGUCCAAGGUGCCCGAGUGCCCGAGGUGCGAGACAAGAAAUUAAAUUGAUAAAGCCUAAAAAGCGGAGAGCCUAGGACUUUGUCUUUUGCACCAGAGAACCCAACCAACGAACCUCACAAACUUGUCGCGUUGUUUGCUCUUCGCGGGCAAUUAUCGGGCGAAUCGGGAAUCUGGGAAUUCGAGUGCCGCCGCUGCAGUGUGUGUGUAUGUGUGUGCCACAGUGUGUUUGUUGUUCACUAUAUCUGUCUAUAUAUAUAUAGUUGGUGUGGCAAAUAGCUCAGAGCCACGAAAUUGGUUUUAUCGGCGCGCCGAAAUCGCCCAAACUGCACAAAUCCAGAAAUUAAAAACAAAAAGAGAAACUGUUCAACUGUUCAACUGUUCAGCUGAAGGGCAGGCCGGCCAGCCAACCAGCCAACCAGCCAGCCAGCCAUCGCAGAAAAUAUUAACCCGGCGGGCUUACAACGCCAGCGAGCAAACAAACAAACGGCCAGCAAAAAUGUAUAAUAAAAAAUUACAGCAAGUGAUCGUGCAGAAAAUAGAUCGAUAAACCCAAACCCAAACCCAAAACCCCCAAACCCCAAACCCCAAAACCAAAACGAACUCGAACCCGAAAAAAAGCGAAAAAAAAAAAUAAGGAAAAAAGCUGAAAAAAAGCGACGCGGUCCAGUGGAGAGUAUAAAAAUAAAUAAACGAGCGACGAUCAGCGAGCGAUCAAGGAGCCAAGGCAGAAGGAGCACGUUUCUGGGUUUUUGUUUCAAUUUCAAUUGUGGAAAUCGUAGAGGAAAAAUUCCGAACCGGUCUCUCUUCUGGUCGCCAAAACACAACGCCAAACGCCAGCGGAGGAGGACGAAGGAAGUUGGCAGCCGAGAACCUACAACCAACCACCAGUACCACCAGCACCACCAACAGCACCACCGAUAUUUAUUAAACAAAGACAGAAAUUAAUUUCACGAUUUUGUGAGGCGAACCCCCCUUGUCUCCUGGACAAUCCCCUCCUGGAAAUCCCCCGCCUCCCAUGCGCGGCUUGAACUUUGAGCCUGAGGUCUGGGCUGCAACAGGGAACUAGGGAUCGGGAUCUUCGGCUCGCCGGCAAAAUGUACGACAUCAAGCGCCUGGAAGCGGGACAACAACAGCAACAGAUACAGCAACAUCAGCAGCAGCAGCAGCAGCAGCGACAACAACAGCAGCAGCAGAAACUGCAACAGCAACAACCAAUAAGCCUUGACCUGACUGGCCAGCAACUCACCUGCAGCGUGAUCGCAGCUCAUCCCACUCCCACUCCCCAUUCCAAUUCCAGUUCCAGUUCGAGUCCCAAUCCCAGCGAGGCCACCCACAUGACUUUGCUAACGCUGCGCCGGCGCCGUUCGCUGCAGCGGAGGGCCUGCCUCCUGAGCAUCCUGGCCGCCUUCGUCUUCGGGAUGGCACUGGGCGUGGUGGUGCCCAUGUUCGGGUUGCCCCGCCACCUGGACUCCCCGCCGGACCUGCCAGAGGAACUGGUGGCAGUGGAGCCGCUGAGCAGCUACCGCGUGGAGUUCAUCAAGGAGGCGGACGCGGAGCUGAGUGCCGAGCAGGUGUUCCGCAAUGCCUUCCACCUGGAGCAGGACAGGGAUGCCCCCGACUCGAUGGUGGUGAAGAAGCUGGACACCAACGACGGCAGCAUCAAGGAGUUCCACGUGCAGCGCACUGCGAACGGAAGGUAUCGCAAGGGUCCGGAGAGGAGGCUUUCCAAGGCGGUUCAGGAGAGGAUUCCGCAGCAGGAGAACCUCCGCACUCCAGUCACUCCUUCCGGGAGACCUUCCAAUGAACCCCAGGCGGGUCUCAUCGAGGAGGACGUCUUCUGGGGACCCACGGUGGAGCAGGCUCUUCCGAAAGGAUUCGCCUCGCAGGACCAACUCAACUGGGAGCGCUUCGUCGGGGAGCAGGGAAGAGUGGUUCGCUUGGAGCAGGGAUGCGGCAGGAUGCAGAACCGCCUGGUGGUGUUCGCCGAUGGAACGCGUGCCUGUGCCCGCUAUCGCCAGAACACGGACCAGAUCCAAGGGGAGAUCUUCAGCUACUACUUGGGGCAGCUGCUCAACAUAACGAAUCUGGCUCCAAGUGCAGCCACUCUGGUGGACACGGGCACACCCAACUGGUCGGCCGCUUUGGGGGACAUCACGCAGGCGCAGUGGAAGGAGCGCCGCCCGGUGGUGCUGACCCGCUGGCUGGCCGACCUCGAACCGGCCGGGAUACCACAGCCCUUCCAGCCGCUGGAGCGGCACCUCAACAAGCACGACGUCUGGAACCUGACGCGCCACUUGCAGUUGCAGCCGAAGCCGCAGCAGGAGCAGGAGCAGGAGCAGGAGAGGAAGGAGCCGGCGCAGACGCAGGGAUUACUCAAGCGGUUGGGGGCUGCCACUUCGCCGGGCUCCGCUCAUCAAUCAACUGCGAUUGAGGAGACAGGAACGGGAUUGGGAAUGGCAAUGGGAAUGGGAAGUCAAGUGGAGAGCGGAGGAGCGCUGGUGCAGCGACUAAUUGAAUUGGCACAAUGGUCCGAUUUAAUCGUCUUCGAUUACCUGAUCGCGAACCUCGAUCGCGUGGUUAAUAACCUGUACAACUUCCAAUGGAACGCCGACAUCAUGGCCGCGCCGGCGCACAACUUGGCCCGCCAGUCCGCCUCCCAGCUGUUGGUCUUCCUGGACAACGAGAGCGGCCUGCUCCAUGGCUACCGGCUGCUCAAGAAGUACGAGGCCUACCACAGCCUCCUGCUGGACAACCUCUGCGUCUUCCGGCGUCCCACCAUCGAGGCGCUCAAGCGUCUGCGAGCGGCGGGAGCGGGACGGCGGCUGCGAGAGCUCUUCGAGCGGACCACCAGCGCCGGAGUGCGGGACGUCCUGCCCUCGCUGCCGGACAAGUCCGUCAAGAUCCUCGUGGAGCGCAUCGAUCGGGUGCUGGGUCAGGUGCAGAAGUGCCAGGGGAGCUAGUGAAUCCAGUUCCCACUUCCCAACCAACCAACCAACCAACCAACCAAUCUCGACUGAUAAGCUGUAAAUAAGGGAGCGUCUUCAUCUGGAUCGGGUUAGCAGUAGUCAAGGGGUCAGUGCUCAAAAGUAACCCCUUCCAUUCGCAUCCCCAAAUUGUAACCCCUUAAAUUAAAGUCCCUGGAAAAAGCACUGACCUCCAGGAGAUCCGAGUAUUAUAGAUGAUCCACUAGAACACCUAACUUGUAAAUGCCAGACGUAUUAAGUAUAACCUAUCCGUAAAAGUAUCUGUAAAAUACGUAGACUAGCUAGCUAUAACAAUGUGUGUGAUAUUUGUCUAAGGAACCAAGCAGCCUAAGUAGAUUUCAUUUUACCAUUUACAACCAAUAAACCACGAGUAUAUGUACCGAACGAAA